AUGAACCCUACAAAAGUUGUCGAUUUUGGGCCUUGUCGUGGUCGAGGCAUUGUGGCUGCUCGUGGAAUUCAAGCGGGUGAAACAUUAUUUACAGAAGUCCCCCUUCUAUGUUGUCAGUUUUCGUGGAAUCGUCUUUAUGGCUAUCAGGCUUGUGAUCACUGUCUUUGUCCACUGGAGUCCGCUCAAGCGAACGCCAGGCGACUUACCGGAAGGCCAGAUUUGAUUCUUCCUCAACCAGAAUGCGGGUCUCUUGUAUCGACUGUUCGGCCAACACAUUGCCCGCAAUGUGGUGUGACUUACUGUACGCCAGAAUGUAUGCAGUCAGCGGCGGAUACAUAUCACGCGGUCAUCUGUCCUAAGGACCCUCAACUACCAGCCGAUCAUCCAUUUACACGCCUUGACGAACUGUGGCGUCAACUUCAUUAUCCUCCCGAAUCCAGUACCAUCUUCCUCCUAGUUCGAAUCGUUGGGGCAUGCCUCUCCGCGUCCGUUUUCCAAUCGACCUACUCCAUUCGGAUCAUCAGUAUUCUUCAAACUUUUGUCUGCUGCACCACAGAAACUAAUCUGAGCGACGGGAUCGAACACGCUGUUGUGUCACACAAACUACUUCUUCCUGAUUUUACACAGUCCCUGCAACAACUACACACUGCUUUCAGUGACGUUCUCUACUACUUGGUGCGACGUUUGCUGCCCUGUCCCACAGAAGAUGAAUGCUUACGAUGUAUGCAGCAGGCUGGAGUGGAUCGGCUACUCACUUUGGAAAAUUUCAAGACGGCCCUGUGUAUGCUCGGUCGCAAUGGUCAAGGUAUCGCAACCAGUGCGUUCAGCUUGUGGGCUCGUGAGAUAGAUCAACUGAUCAGUGGAACCGGAGAUGAACAACAGAUUAGUGGCUUGAAUGCUCUUCUCGCGGAUAUUUACGAAGCCAUGGAUAACCAUGUUGGAAGCUUCCUGGAUAAUGAAGGCGUUGGACUCUACGAAUAUCAAAUCGCACAACUUUUUUUCCGUUCGUUUGGCAGUCCUCUGCACUUGCGAUUUUCGUUUCAGCGUUGUGCGGCCAUUUGUCCCUGUUUUGGCGGGUCGACUGGAGAUGAAGAACGACCUAGAGACACGCAUCAGUUAGAAGACAUCGAAGCUCGGCGCCAGCGUCAAGCCGAAGCUGCUGAACGCCGACUUGCUACUACCCAAGCCCGUGGUCUUGCUGAUCCAGAAGGGGUGAAGCGUAAACAAGAACGCGCCCGGGAGCAGGAGAAAAUGAGUUUUGAACACAAGGCUGAUACGGGACUGCGUUGGCAAGUUGGUUGA